UUAACAAUUAGAAAAACUUGGCUUUAUAACUUUGUCAACUCUGUACCCCUUAUAACAACGACCCCAAGUAUGUUUCAAAUGACAAGUAACCAAUUGUAUACUUUAUCUAUUACACUUUGUUGAUCACUUCAAGUUUGUGGCACGUACAUAUAGCUAGUGUAAGAGAUGGAGGUGGCAUCACCGAAAACCUUACUAUACUGGUCAAUGGUUGUGGUGGUUCUUACCACAAAAGGCAAAGGUCAACUGGUUGAGAAUUUUUAUGGCUCCACGUGUCCAAUGGUUGAAGCAGUCGUAAAACAGGCAGUUGACACGAAGGUCAGCCAGACGUUUACAACGAUUCCUGCCACCCUACGUCUGUUUUUUCAUGACUGCUUUGUUGAGGGAUGUGAUGCUUCAGUGAUGAUUGCAUCGCCAAAUGGAGAUGCUGAAAAGGAUGCACCAGACAAUCUAUCACUAGCCGGUGAUGGCUUUGAUACUGUUAUAAAAGCUAAACAAGCGGUUGAGGCUGUUUGCCCUGGUGUCGUCUCAUGUGCUGAUAUUUUAGCCAUCGCUGCCCGUGAUGUUGUGUUUGCGGCUGGGGGUCCUUCGUUUAAUGUACAGUUAGGCAGGCGAGAUGGACUCAUUUCACAGGCUUCACGGGUUGCCGGAAAUCUGCCCCAACCCACCUUCAAUGUCGUUCAACUUAACACCAUGUUUGCAAGGCACAACCUCACAGAGCUUGACAUGAUUGCACUUUCAGGAGCCCACACACUCGGUUUUUCUCAUUGCAAUCGUUUUGCAAACCGUCUGUACUCAUUUUCACCAACCUCCCAAGUUGACCCAGUCCUGAAUCCCUCCUACGCUCAGCAAUUGAUGGCUGCUUGCCCUCAAAAUGUGGAUCCUAGUAUAGCCAUAAAUAUGGAUCCCGAAACUCCAAACACCUUUGACAAUGUUUAUUAUCAGAACUUGUUAGCAGGCAAGGGUUUGUUUACAUCAGAUCAGGUGCUAUUCACGGAUUCAUCAGCUCAGCCAAUGGUUAAUGAUUUUGCCAACAACCCAGGGAACUUCAAUGCUGCUUUUAUAACCGCAAUGAGGAAGCUUGGGAAGACCGGUGUUAAGAUUGGCAACCAAGGAGAAAUAAGAAAGGAUUGUACAGCUUUUAAUUAACAACUAAAUGAUGAAUGUAUUUAUUGUCCAUGCAGAGUGUUAUAGAACAUAGAUUCUUGAAAUAUUACAAUAAAACUGAAUUGAAUAAAGAUCAAAACUUCAAUCCAAAA